UAUUUUGCUUCUUGUUUCGCUUAAAAUGUAUAUUAAUUUAUCUUUAGCUUAUACGCUCAACAAAUUAAGUUUUUGUUAUAUCUCUUAAACAGGAGAGAGUUGCUCAAACGCGCGUACCACUUAAGUUAUUUUUUAUUAUAUAUUUUUUAUUCGACAACGAUUAGUACGCAAAUAAUAAAUGCUAAAAAGUGUAGCUUGAUGCUUCAAUAUCUGCACGGAGAAAAUUUUAUACUAAAAAUUACUAUGUACGAUUGUAAUUACGAACCAUAAGAAGAAAUUUCAGAGAAUUAUGCUAUAAAUAAUGUAAAUACUACGGUAAUUUGAUGAAAAAUAUAGUACAAAUUUUUAGAAUUGCUUUUUUAAUCCUCACUAUUUAUCAUGGUAAUUUUUACUAUUAAAUUUUCUCCGCGUGCAGUUAUUACAGCAUUUUAACAUAACAUUUAAUUUAUUUACUUUAUAUUUAUAUUAUUUAUAUUUGAUAAAUAAAUUAAUUUAUAUUAAAUAAAAAUAUGAAAUAUUAAUUUAAGUAACGAUAUACGUUCAAUUCUCUCCGCUACGCUUGCUCUUUUGCAUUUUAUAGUAAAAAGCAGUUGCGUUUUUAUAAAUCGAUACAGAGAUUAAAAAUCUAACAGAAAAAUGGAUGUAUUAAAAUAAAUACGCGUGCGCGAAGAUGCUCUUUUCACACCAAUGUUAUAUAAUAAUUUAUUCAACAUUGUUUCUUUUCAGCUUUGAGGUGAAUCACGAAAUUACGAUCAUUCUAAAAAAGCCACAUGCGUUCCGGUAGAUUUCAAUGCAUGGAAGAAGCGUUGCCAGGAACUACACAUCCGGAAGUAUAUGCAACGUAAAUUUCUAAAAAUACAUAAUUAAACAUAAUAUAAACAUUUUGCUUUUCCCUUGAAUUCGUAAUUAAGAUAAUUGUUAGAGAUAAUUGCGAGGAUCUAUAAUUAUUAACGGUACGUGACGAUAUUGUAAUUUAAUUCGUGACAUGUAUUUUUACGUUGGAACUGUCGCCUUCUUCGUGAUCUUAAAUCGAAAGUGAAGACGAAAUGCAAAACGAAAUCUUGCUGCGAUUUGAGUAAACAAUUCAAGUUUUCUCUCGAUGUUUAACGAGACGGUUCUUCCGCCUGUCUGCAGUAAUUAAUUAUACCGACCAACAAAGUGAAAUAAGAUAUGUUGAAAAGAAAAAGAUGGCGAGCGGCUCGACACUGUAAUAAUUCUUAUCGCGUUGAAAUUAGAUCGCAGGUUCUACAAGAAUGCUGUAAUUAAAAACUGCUUAGCAUAUCCUACCGGUCUUUUCCGAGGUUUUCUUAUAGGAGGAGAUUCUACAGGAUAUCGCGGUAUGGAAAUACACAAGGAAGAAAACAAAAGAGCCUUUAAUUGAAAAUAUCCCGAACAGAAAGUGCGGAAGGUGAUUAACCUUGUACUUUCUCGAGACGCAGGGAUAACAAGAAAAUACAAAUUUCAAUCUGUUAUGCGAUAUUUUUUGUUUUUCGAUAAUAGUCUCGAUGUUCGUCCGGUUGACGCUAUUUGCCAACGAAUUUUAAAGCCAUCUUCCUUCUUCUCUUCUAAGGCAAGCUUAUCGACUUCCUCGGAAGGGGAUGAACGACGUUGUCGUCUCCUCCGUUUGACGAAGGAAGAAACUGCGGUCGAUAAGGAUUAAAUUGGUCCGCGUUUCACUUGCUGGGUGGGGGUCUGAUUUGCACGCGAGUACUUCCCGCGAGGUUGCAGUCAACUACUAUCUGUGCCAAACAGCGACGAUGCGACGCGGCGCCCGACAUAUCAGCGCGGGGAUACUUACCUUCACCUAGACCUUUCUUUCGCCGUACGAGAGGGGAUCCAUGUAUAAAGGCUUUCUUCUUGCUAGCAAUGGCACCAGAGACCAUAAUAUCAUUCAACCAUUCGGCCGCCACCAGAUUACGGAAGUUAGUUACGAGAGCAACCCCAUUUCAGCAAGCAUGCAGUACAUUGUAGUGUUCCUGGCGGCUCUCGUCUGCGGGGUAUGCUGCAUUGAAAAUCUGCCGCCUCAGCUCCUAUUUCAGCCAAAGAACAGGCGCGGCAUCAACGACCAUUCGGUGACUUUCCCGUCGGAAUCUUCCUCCUCCUAUUCGACGCCCGUUCACUCGAGUCUGAGUUCCGGUUACGAGUUUGGUGGACCGUCCGGCGGCUUCUCCCUGGGACACGCCGGAGCACUCCUCAACUCGGGCGGCUCUGUCAGUCACGGAAUCGGAUAUUCUUUAGUCCCAUCCGGUGGCCUCGGUCUCGGAUAUCAAUCGCCAGGACUGAGCCAUGGUUCCUUGAGUCGCCAGAGCAGCUCUUUGGGCGGACACUCGGCUCAAAGCAGCUACUCAUCGCCCAGCAUAGCGAGUUUUGGAAGCGGCGGGAGUAGCAACGUGCUUUUCGCACCGACGAAGACCGGUCCCGUUACCUUUGGAAUCCACGGUGGUAGCGGCGCCGCCGGCACUUCCGCCUCGUACAACCGAUCGCCGGCCUACGCUUCCGGCGGUCACGGGAUCUCGGCUUACAGCAAGGAAGGAUCUGGUUCUCUUCAGAUCGUGUUGGGAUCGCAACACGGUGGUCUGUCAUUGGGCUCCCCGGGCGCCUCGUCGAGUUACAGUUUUCCCAUUCAUUCCGCAUCCUCGAGCCCUCCGCACUCCGUGACAGGCGGCCUGAUUAUCGCCGGCGGUUCACCGAGCUCUUACAGCCUCCCAGAGUCUGCGUCCUCUCACGGCAUCUCCAGCCUUAGUGGCUCUUCAGGCACUCAAGAAGCAUCGUCCACGUAUUCUCGUCCGCUUAGCUCCGGAAUCUCCGCGUUGUCCUCCAGUGAAGGAUCGUCCAAUUAUGCCGCAUCCUCGGGAUCCUAUGGCACCUCCAGCACUCACUCGGGAUUCUCGGGCGCGUCGUCCGGCGGUACCAGCUAUCAACUACCGAUCGCUUCAGGGUCUUACUCGGGAUCGUCCAACAACGCCAUCACGUACACGAACUACAUUCCGUCUCAUUCGUCCAGCAGCAGCGUCAGCUACUCCAGCCCUAGCGUCUCCUACGCAACUCCAAGUAUCAGCCACGCGAGUUCUUCUUCCGGCUCCGGUUACUCCGGCGCCGGUGGCAGCUACUCCCUCAGCUCGAAUCACGUGGGUUCUAGUUCCAGCCCCGUCGUGACUUACACCGGAAGCCAGAGCUACACGCCCACGUAUUACAGCUCGUCCGGCUCUCACGGAACACCCGCGGAUUCGCAUGGAGCUUACAGCAGCGUAAGCCCGAGAUAUUUCGGAUACACACCGAAAUUUUACCACGCGGACGUGGAUAGCACGAAAUACGACACGAUCUCGUACUCGGUUCCAAACGGAAAAUACUAAUUUAUAUUUUUUGUAAAUCCUCCUACGUCCCGUCACAUUCCGCUAGGAUUCGAUAAAAGCUUAGGAUUUUAUUAUUAAUUACAAGAUCCGUGUUUUUGGGUCUCUUGACGAACGGGUGAUUAAACGGCAAAUGCGCCGUGAAUUUGAGAUUGUCUAAUUAUAUCAAAUCUUAUGCUGACUCGAUCUUGCCAUGAAAAAUAGUAGUAGUGCUUCAAGGUAGAAGAUUGCGCAUGUUGUUGAGAAUAAAAAUAGAGAAUUAUUUAUAUUUAAAUUUUCUACUGUACGAUCUAUACCUAAUAUAGAGAAAGAAAUUGUACCCGAAUACCGAACCGUUAUCUAUAUUUAGAUCGACAAAUGUUAUAACACAUCCCUUCCUCUGUUGUCCCUUGUAUCACUGAUAAUUGUGAUAAUUGUUACAUAAUUUUAUAUUUUCUUUUAUAAUAAACGAGUUGCUUUUCCAACGCA